AUGGAUUACGAAGAAAUUUUAUUUGGUCUGCAACCGAUCCUCAAUGCGUCUUCAAUAAAGGAUGUUCCGAUGAACGAUGUCUACUUAGGAAGCUACCUAGCGGUAAUGGACCAAUUGGCUGUUUCGUUGAGAGAACCAAGUAAUAGAGAUAUUGUUGGUAAAACUGGGCUGCUACUGAACCUAGUAAGAGUAUUAGAACAAGCGCUUGAUAUCUGCUUUCAUGAUACGAGCAUUUCAAUUAAUGAUAAAAUAGCGUUUUAUGAGAUCAGUUCUGAAGUGAUUAGAUGUAUCGCUAACGCAAUAAUUGAUAAUGAUGAUAAUCGGGAAAUUCUCUUGGAUUCUGGAGGUAAAAAGCUUCUUAAUUAUUAUAUAGGCGGGGUUCUUCAGCUGGACGAAAUUUCUUCUGACAAGAGUGAGGAUAGCUUAGUGGAUAAAUUACAGAUGCGGUCAGUUGUGCUACUAAGGAAUUUUUGCAUUGGAAAUCUCAAGUAUACAGAAAAUUUGGCUCCCUUCAUUAGAGGUCCAUUAUUUGUUUUGUUGAAAACCACACAAUAUAGCUAUUUGUCAUCUCCCGAAAAAGUUGUUUUAGGUUCAGAUUUAUUGAACGAUAUUUUAAAAGUCAAUUACUCAAAUGUUCAAAUAAGCGAUCUCUUUUUCUUAAGCCAGUACAUCAAAAAAAUCUCUUCAAAUGUGCAAAAUAAAGAAUUGCAGGCAAUGGAAGAUGGAGCAGUCGAAGCAUAUUCAAAUACUGAAACUCAGAAGUUCGCUGGCCAAGGAAAUCAAGAGUACAUCGAAAAAGAGGAAGAAGAUGAUGAGGAGGACGUUAAUUGUGAAUUGCUAUUAAAUCUGUCAACAUGUCUUGAAACUAUUGUAGCCAAGGAUGAAACUAUAAACUUUACCAAUGAGGAGCAGCUUGUGCUAAGCAUGCAAAAAAAUUUAAUAUUGUCCUUAGUUUGCUUAGAAUCAAAAACCUUCAAUAAUAAGCUAAUUGUAAUGAGAAGACUCAUAUCGUGCGCAGGCAACAUCUCCGCCAACCUAACAAACUCUAACAAACGAGAGCAAUCAUUAUGUAUCGAAACUAUUAAGAGUUCCGCAAGUAGUUAUGCCCUAGCCGCAGCUUUGAUGAUAUUAUGUAACUCAGUUGCAUCCAAAAGUGACGCUGUCGCGCUACUGAAGCUCAUAUCUCUUAGUGAAUUGAUUCAAGUUGGUAGCUUGCUACAAGACCCACUACAAUAUCAAGGAUUCCUAGAUUUACUGAGGAAGCUGUUAAAUCUGGAAAAUACCAUGUGGCUAGAUAUCAAGGACCUCUUCACCCUAUUUCAGAUUAUGAGAAGAUGUCACGAGCAAACUAAAUAUUAUAACAACCUGAGAUCGUUAUUAACAAAUUUAUUAAACAAAACUUUAACGGUGCUUCCAAGUUCAAAAAUACACAAUUCAAUAAGCAGUGAUCCAACAAUUAUCUCUUUUAUAGCAGAGCAUGGAACGUUAACGUCCUGUAUUGCGAUGGAUAAGCUGCUUGUGUCCAAGAAAGCCCUUCCUAAAGAAGCUAUUACAUCCCUAUGGGAUUCGAUCUUCAAAUUCCAAAAUUUAGGUCAAGCAGAACAACUAAGCAUCUCAGAUUUAUUUCAUAUCACAAAAACGGUUGGAAUUUAUUUAAAAGAUUCAAGUGUAACAGCUGACGUGAAUCCGAUUGAAAAUAUACUAUUCAAGGAUUACAUUCAAAAGUUAACCCUGAUAUUAGAGACCAUACUUUCAUUUAAAGAAAAUAAAGAUAAGGGUAGCGAGAGUUGUUUCAACAAUGGGAAAUUUAUAGCGGGCAUAAUACUAAACAUUGUGAAAAAUACGAAAUGCUUAACGCCAGAGGAACAAAAUUUAGAAGCGCUUGCAAAAUCGUUCUUUUAG